AUGGAAGCAAUUGAGGAAUCAAGAACAGCUAUUGUGGUUUUAUCACAAAACUAUUCUACUUCAAGAUGGUGCUUGAGAGAAUUGGAGAAGAUUAUGGAAUCCAUGGACGACGGAACAAAUCGAGUUCUUCCUGUGUUUUACCAUGUAGAUCCUUCUCAUGUUCGUCAUCAAUCUGGACCUUUUGAGAGAAGCUUUGUUGAAUAUGAAAAUAAUGGACAAGACUCACAAGAGCAGGUUCAUCGGUGGAGGGAUGCUUUCGCUAGAGUUGGCCAUCUUGCAGGGGUCGUAGUAAACAAAAACAGCCCUGAAGUGGACAGUAUCAACCGAAUCACCAAUCAAAUAUUUGAUAAGUUGCGAAGACCUAUGUUAAUAGGCCCUAAUCAAUUGAAUUACUUGGUUGAUAUGCGAAGUAAGCUAAGGGAUAUCAAUAACCUACUUGACUUUGAAUCAGAUGAAGUACGAUUUAUAGGAAUAGUUGGAAUGGGUGGUAUUGGUAAAACAACUAUUGCAAAAGUUUUACACGACAGUAUUGCAUUUACAUUAUUUGGUGAAAAUUCUUGCUUUGUCACUAUGUCUGGGCGUGAUAUCGUCACGGUCCAAUGUCUACUACUCUCUCGACUUCUUGGAACUAGGGAGAAUAUUAACAUUUUAGAAAAGAAUGAAGGAGCAAACAUGAUUAAAGAUUGUUUGAGUAGGAGAAAGGUUUUGAUUAUUUUUGAUGGGGUGAAUGAUAGAGAGGAAUUAGGAUACAUAGCCGGAAGUUUUGAUUGGUUUGGUCGAGGAAGUCGAGUCAUCAUUACCACUAGAAAUAAAAAUGUUUUUUCUCACCCCAAUCAUGAACAAGUUCAACUCUACAAUGUGAAACCACUUGAUUACAACACUUCAUUCUCACUUUUUUGGAAGCAUGCAUUUGAUCAACAAAGUGGGGGUCCAAGUGAACAACAAUUCAUACAACUUAGUCAGAAUAUAGUGGAAAAGGUCGAAGGAAAUCCACAAGCAUUGGAACAAAUUGGAUCAUUUUUGCGUGGUAAAGAUAUUAAUGUAUGGAAAGAAGAAUUGAAGAGCCUUGUUUUAGUUGAUAAUGAACGUCUCUUCAAAAUAUUAAAGAUAAGUUUUGAUCAAUUAGGGACAAAAGGCCAACAAGCUUUUCUUGAUUUGGCAUGUUUCUUCAAUGGAAAAAGUACAGGCAAAAUUAUUGAAAUACUUGCGAGUUUAGAAUACAAUUCCCCCAGCGAAGUACUAAAGUUGUUGUGUGAUAGAUAUCUUAUUGAAAUUAGAGAUGGAGACACAGUAUGUAUGCCCAAUUUGAUACAAGAAAUGGGUCGAGAAAUAGAACGAAAAAAACGUCAAAGAAGCAGGAUUUGGCUUAGAAGAGAUGCUUUCGACAUAUUUGAUGAACAACAUGGAGUAAAAGACAUAAAAGGUGUUGUGUUGGACAAGAGAGACACAGAACCAAACUUAAAGUUGAAGGCUAAACAAUUACAAGAUAUGAGCCGUUUAAAAAUAUUAGAGAUUGACAAUGUGCAGCUGAGUCCAAGAAAUCAAAAUGAUCUCUCAAAUCAGCUUCGAUUGCUCCACUGGGAUGGCUUUCCUUCAGACACUUUGCCACUAAAUUUCGAAGCACCAUAUUUAUUUGAACUUCUCUUGCCUAAUGCACAAACCACUCAUCUUUGGAAAGAACUAAAGGGAUUUAAGAAAUUAAAGGUAAUCGAUGUUAGCAAUUCCCAAACUUUGGUGGAGACACCGAAUUUGAGUGCUGUUCCAAAUCUAGAAAGAUUGAUUCUAUGUAAUUGUACAAGAUUGAAGAAAAUUGAUAAUUCAAUUACAAAAUUGAGACUUCUAGUUUUAGUAGACCUCACAGGCUGUGUUCGCCUCGAAACAUCCGAGUGCAUCGAUAUCUUGAAGAGUCGCCCAACAGUAGAACUUCGUGGCUUAGUUCUACAGUGUCGCCAAUCAUUGAAAGGAGUUGCGAGACAGCACCAAUCCAUGACCCUCGCUCCCGAAUCCCGGAGCUUCUUUUCCGGUAUAAGCGUUGGUGAAUCUGAGAGGGGGAGGGCCCAGUUGAAAGAGGAAGCUACAAGGGCUAUGGGGAAAUGGUUAGACCAAGUAAAUUUUGCAUUGGUGAGGGGAGGGUCAAUUAAAUUGCAACUGUUUAUGAAGGAGUUGAAUUAG